AUGGAACAGGCCAUCAUCUUGGUCGGAGGGUUAGGUGCAUCUGAAUAUCUCUUCAAGUGCCUCGAGGUGUCGUCCGACGGAAUUCAAAUCAUGCAGCCCCCGAAUGCUUGGUCUGCUGUGGUACGUGGUGCUGUUUACCGUGGACAGGAAGGAAACCAGGUCGAAGGCUGUAUUUCAAGAUGUAAUCAUGGCACCAAGAUUCGAGAGCCUUUUGAUCCCAAGAUCCACGGUGCCGAGUUUCCUCCCAUGUUAUGUGACUUUGACGAAGAAUGGUGA